UUUUGCCACAAAGAAACAAGAAUUUUGGGAAUCAACCCAGAUCAGCUCAGUCAAAACCAUAUCAAAUUUUCCAUCUUUAGUCUUCAACCUAACACCAUUAAUUCCUUCACUUCAUAUAUACAUUUUGUGUAUGCACAUACAUUGUAUGUAUCUUUAUGGAUCCACCAAUCAUCAAUGAGACCUCGUUCUCGGCGGCCAAUCCUUCGUCUUACAGUUUAACCGGGAUCUGGACGUUUUCCUCCUUCAAUGGCGGUCGGAAUGAGAGUUUGGGACUCAAAAUGGGUAGCCUUAUCAGUCGACUUGGGGAACCUAAUAACAACCGCGAUGAGGAAUCCACGGUGACGGAGCAUAGUGGCGGUGCCCGGAAACGGAGGGAUGCCAAUUCGGAAGAUGAAUCUUCAAAGCUUGUAUCUACUAGUAGUGGCAAUGAUUUGAUCAAAUUAAAUGGUAAAAGAAUGAAGAUGUCAGGAUCGAAAGAAGAAUUGGGUGGUUUUUCAAAGAUGGAUCGAGAAGGGAGUUCAGGGUCAGCAAGCAAAGGUGGUGUUGGUCAAACCCAUAAACCUUCUGAACCACCUAAAGAUUACAUUCAUGUUCGAGCUAGAAGAGGUCAAGCCACUGAUAGCCACAGUCUUGCCGAAAGGGCUAGGAGAGAAAAGAUCAGUGAAAGAAUGAAAAUCCUACAAGAUUUGGUGCCUGGAUGCAACAAGGUGAUCGGAAAAGCGCUUGUUCUUGAUGAAAUAAUCAAUUACAUCCAAUCAUUGCAACAUCAAGUUGAGUUCUUGUCUAUGAAGCUUGAAGCUGUAAAUACGAGGAUGAACUCUCCUGUAGAAGGGUUUCCUACAAAAGAUCUCGGGCCACCACCCCUCGAUGCAGCCGGAUUCUUAUUUGGCUCACAAACAGCAAGACAGUUCGGACCAGGGUCCCAACCUGAGUGGCUUCAUAUGCAGUUAGGCAAUAGCUUUGGGCGAACCACAUGAAUCCCAGACUGCCCAACAUCACGCACAUCAUCGUUAGCCAGUGAGAAAUCAGGAAACCCGCGGUUGCAGAUGUGUGAUUGGCUGAGGUACCUCCUUUCUAUAUAUAGAAAGUUAUAUCAGAAUGAGACUAUUAUUGAUAUUUAAGGUCUUUGUGCCAUACCAUUUGUAGAAAAAUUUGCAAUUUUAGGGUUACAUCUAUCUUAUUGGCAGAUCAAGUGUACUUGCCCUUUCAAAAAUUAGCAAAAAGUCUCAUUAUUGGAUGUGGUACCUGACCAUCUAUCUUAUCGUGUACGUUUACGUUUACUUG